AGAAGAAAAAAAAACCCUAAAACUCACGUGUAAUGUGUUUGCUUUCAUUCUCAAUUUUGCAGCCACCACACCAUUUCUAUCCCUUCGCUUGUUCCACUCCUCCUUGUUACCCAAAAUUACUUCCAUCGCUGAUAUCCACAGAGAGAAUCUUCAUCCAUGGCGAAUAUUCCCGAUCCUGAUAUCGACGACGAUUUUCGCGACCUAUACAAAGAGUACACUGGUCCUGCAGGAUCUGGAUCUGUUCAAGAGAGAGCAAAAUCAAACAAAAGGUCAAAUGCAGGCUCUGACGAAGAAGAUGAAGUUCGUGAUCCCAAUGCUAUUCCAACUGGUUUCAUCAGUCGUGAUGCUAAGGUUUGGGAAGCUAAAUCCAAAGCUACCGAGAGAAAUUGGAAGAAAAGAAAAGAAGAAGAAAUGAUUUGUAAACUAUGUGGUGAAUCAGGCCAUUUCACUCAGGGUUGUCCAUCCACUCUUGGAGCAAACAACAAGUCUCAAGAAUUAUUUCAAAGGAUACCUGCAAGAGACAGAAGUGUAAGAGCACUUUUCACCGAGAAAGUUAUAAGUAAGAUUGAAAGGGACAUUGGCUGCAAAAUUAAGAUGGACGAGAAAUUCAUUAUUGUUAGCGGUAAGGAUAGGUUAGUUAUGGCUAAAGGUGUUGAUGCUGUGCAUAAGAUUAGAGAGGAAGGUGAACAAAAGGGAUCUUCCAGUUCUCAGAUUAACCGAUCAAGGUCACCACCACCUCACCGAUCAAGGUCACCACCACCUCUGAGAAGUCCUGUUAAUUCCCGGUUUCAGCGCUCUGAGCCUCAGAGAUCUCAUUCUGCACCACGGAAUACACCUCAGUUUCCUCAAAGGUUUGGCAGGCAAGAGAGAGCUGUCGAUGAUCGUGUUCGCGAGGACACUCAAAAGUUUGCAAGAGAUUCUCAACAAGCAAGAGCUUAUGGGAAUAGUGCAUCUAGAGGCCGUUCAAGCCAGUCAAGAUCUCCAAGACAAGCCUCAUAUACAGGGAACUCUUAUAAUUCAUUUGAUGGACAAAGUCAUAACAUGGGUACUUACAGGAAUGACGGGUGGGAUUCUCAUAGGAGAGAAUCUGGCAUCCAACCUGGCCAACAAUUUGAUCACAAUGCCCCACCUCAUACUCUAGAAGAAUUAGAGUUAGAGUAUAAAAAGGAGGCAAUGGAGCUAAUGAAAAUUCGUGACAGAGAAGAAGAUGAAGAAAAUUUAAAACAUCGCGAGGCUAUUCGAGAUUUGAGAGAGAAGUAUAUGAAUAAAGUUGCUCUGAUGAGUUCCACACACGCAAAACAAUGGGAUGAAUUUUUUCAGCUUGAUGCCCAGAGGCGUCAACAACAAGCAAUCCAACAAAUGUCUCCUGGAUACCGGGGCUAUAAACAGCAAAAUUUUGCCGACUAUGAUAGGUCUCCUGUCAAUCCUCCCUAUGGUGGAAACAAUUUACCUUUGGAGUCUAGGAAUAGGUUCUCAAACAGUAUGGAGCCUUAUCCUACAAGGCCUCAUGGUAAUUUUGGUGAAUUUCAGAGGCGUGGAGAUUUUGCAAAAGCGUACAACCGAUAUUAAAAUUCUUUUUAUCAAGUGGGUCCAGAUUGAUCGAGUAGGUGUUAAAUGAACAAGAGCCCAUAAGGUAGGUAAGUAUGUUGAUUAAUCUUAGGAUUGGGAAGGGACAUGCAUUCUGGUUGAUGUAUCCAGUUUCUUGUUUAAUAUGGUUGCUCAGACUUAUCAAGAACUCUGCUGUAAGAUGUGAUGCAUUGUUUACCAUCCAUUACCGGUGACUUGUUCAAUGAUAUUUGUGGAGAUCCUAUGAAUGACUGGUUGAUUUUAGUAGAAUGAAUUUUAUGCUUUGUUACAAUCAAUCCAGGUGUUUGAGG